AUGAUGAAGUUCCUUUCAAUUUUCUGCUUAUCGUUGUUGAUAUUUUUUACUAAAGAAACUUUUCAAGCAUGCCCUACAUCGUGUGAAGACUUGGUACCAUGCCUUGAACAAAUAUUCGACCAAAAUUCUCUUACAUCAGAAUGUUGCACCACCAUUCUUAAUAUAGCCAACUGCUCUAAUAGAAUCCAAUCCGCAACCUGGUUUCCUAACCUUCAAAACAAAUGUCAAAACCUUACUACUCCAUCGCCUCCUCCCACUACUCCAUCGCCUCCUCCCACGGUGGUGUCUCCAGCACCAUCAGUGUCUAUGCCUCCACCAUCUCCAACUCCUCUACCAUCUUCUUAUGCUCCAACGCCAUCGCCUUCCACAUUGGUAUCUCCAACACCAUCUGUGUCUCCACCAUCUUUUGAUGCUCCAACUCCAUCACCUCCUCCCACAGUGGUGCCUCCACCAUCUAAUGCUCCAGCCCCAUCGGCGUAUGUGCCUCCACCAUCACCUGAGCCAGUGUCUCCAGCACCAUCAGUGUCUGUACCUCCACCAUCUUCCAAUGCUCCAACUCCAUUACCUCCCACGGUGGUGUCUCCAACACCAUCGGCGUCUAUACCUCCACCAUCGUCUAAUGCUCCAGCACCAUCAGUGUCUGUUCCUCCACCAUCACCUGAGCCAGUGUCUCCAGCACCAUCAGUGUCUGUACCUCCACCAUCUUCCAAUGCUCCAACUCCAUUACCUCCCACGGUGGUGUCUCCAACACCAUCGGUGUCUAUGCCUCCACCAUCGUCCAAUGCUCCGGCACCAUCAGUGUCUCCUCCACCAUCUUUUGAUGCUCCAACUCCAUCACCUCCACCCUCUUCCAAUGCUCCAGCACCAUCGGUGUCUCCUCCACCAUCCUUUGAUGCUCCAACUCCAUCACCUCCACCCGCUUCCAAUGCUCCAGCACCAUCGGUGUCUGUUCCUCUACCAUCACCUGAGCCAGUGACUCCUGCACCAUCGGUGUCUGUUCCUCCACCAUCUUCCAAUGCUCCAACUCCAUUGCCUCCCACGGUGGUGUCUCCAACACCACCAUCAAUGCCUCCACCAUCGUCUGAUGCUCCGGCACCAUCGAUGUCUCCUCCACCAUCUUCUGAUGCUCCAACUCCAUCGCCUCCCACAGUGGUGUCUCCAGCACCAUCCAUGUCAGUGUCUCUACCACCAUCGUCUGAUGCCCCAACACCAUCGAUUCUUGUGCCUCCACCAUCAUCUGAGCCUAAGCCUCCAUCAACAUCAUUUGAGCCUCCAGCACCAUCGCCGUCAAUGUCUGUGCCUCCACCAUCUUCCGAUGCUCCAACUCCAUCGCCUCCCACAGUGGUGUCUCCAGCACCAUCAUUGUCUAUGCCUCCACCAUCAUCCAAGCCUCCAUCUGUGCCUCCACCAUCGCCUCCAACAGAGCCAACUCCAUCACCCCCAUCGGUGCCUGUGUCUUCACCUGAUGCACCAGCCCCAUCGCCUCCUCCACCAUAUCACCGAGUUGGCUCGCCUCUUGCACCAAAAGCUCCACCAUCUCCUAUUGUUUGUAUUUCGGCAAUCCGUGAAGCGAGAAUAAUUUGUCUUCCAGAAAUUAUAUCUGGAUAUGUCAACAGAAAAAUUCAAAUCGGCCAAGAUUGUUGUAACGCGAUUAACAAACUCAAUCAACUUUGUUUCAAUCAUCCUAGGCGUCCAUUUGGUUUCGGAUAUCCAUUUUUAGUUAGAAAAUAUUGUGCACAGCACUAUUAG